AUGUCUUCCGCUUCCACCAUUUUUGUUCCUGAAUCUUCUUCCGUCCUUAGCUUACAUCUCUUCCUCUGCAUCGUCGUUUUUGUCUCCAUCUUUGCUUUUCUCCUCGCUCCCGGCGGCCUCGCAUGGGCGCUCUCUAAACCCCGACCAAAAACAGCCAUCCCUGGCCCCGCUGGUUUCCCCUUUUUAGGUCUCGUCUUCGCCUUUGCUUCUUCUUUGACACAUAGAACCCUGGCGAAGCUCUCUACUGCUUCUAAUGCUAAACGUUUAAUGGCGUUUUCUGUUGGGAUGACACGGUUUGUCAUCUCGAGUCAUCCCGAAACGGCCAAGGAAAUCCUCAACAGCUCUGCUUUUGCGGACCGGCCGGUGAAGGAGUCGGCUUACGAGCUUUUGUUUCACCGUGCUAUGGGUUUCGCUCCAUAUGGUGAUUACUGGCGUAACCUCCGAAGAAUCUCGUCGACCCAUUUGUUUAGCCCCAAGAGGGUGGCUGGAUUUGGCGUUUUCAGGCAAGAUAUCGGGUUGAAGAUGGUGGAUCAAGUUAUGUCAUCCAUGGAGAAAAAUGGUGUCGUGGAGGUAAAAAGGAUCCUCCACUUCGCUUCCUUGAACAAUGUCAUGAUGUCUGUGUUUGGAAAGUCGUAUGAUGAUUUUGGUGAAAAUGGUGGCGGUGGUGAUGGACAUGAGCUCGAGAAGCUUGUCAGUGAAGGGUAUCAACUUCUCGGAAUCUUCAACUGGAGCGAUCAUUUUCCGAUCGUAAGUUGGUUUGAUUUCCAAGGAGUGAGGAAGAGGUGCAGAGAUUUGGUGUCCAAGGUGAAUGAUUUCGUCGGAGAAAUCAUCAAACAACACCGAGAAACGAGGUCCGAUAAUGAACGAACGACCAUGGCAGUUUCCGACGGUGAUUUCGUCGAUGUUUUGCUUGAUUUAGAAUCAGAAAACAAGUUCAGUGAUGCUGACAUGAUUGCCGUUCUCUGGGAAAUGAUUUUUAGGGGGACUGACACGGUGGCAAUCUUGUUAGAGUGGAUUCUUGCACGAAUGGUGUUACACCCGGACAUCCAAGCCAAGGCGCAAUCCGAAAUCCAAGGCGUAGUUGGGCGUGAUCGACGUGUAACUCAUUCGGACAUGGCCAACUUGCCGUAUCUCCAUGCAAUCGUCAAAGAAACCCUCCGUGUGCACCCACCGGGGCCUCUCCUGUCGUGGGCUCGACUUGCUAUCCACGACACUCAAGUAGGCUCACAUCUGGUUCCGGCUGGAACCACUGCAAUGGUGAACAUGUGGGCAAUAACCCACGAUGAACACAUAUGGGUUGAGCCCGAACGGUUCAACCCUGAUCGGUUUUUGACCGAGGAUGUUGCAAUAAUGGGGUCGGACCUGAGGUUGGCCCCGUUUGGUGCUGGAAGGAGGGUUUGCCCUGGCAAGGCAAUGGGUCUAGAAACGGUUCAUCUUUGGUUAGCGCAACUUUUGCAAAACUUCAAAUGGGUUGCAAAUGGUUCGGUCGACAUGUCUGAGUGCUUGAAGAUGUCGUUGGAGAUGAAGAAGCCGUUGGUGUGCAAGGCUGUCGCUAGGGUUUGAUCGAUGUGUGUUUACAAAAAAGCUAAGGAUAUAUAUUCACUAUGAUGGUAGUAGUAAGGGGGGUGUUUUGGGGAUCUUUAAAAGUUGGGAAAACUUGUAUGAAGCUUUUUGUUUGUGGCAAUCACACUUAUGCCCCUAAAUAUGUCUAUUCCUCGCAAGUUCUCUAUAAAUCAU